CAUUUGACGUUCUCAUGGCUAGAGUGGAGAAUAGGAUUCCUGCCGAUUUUUGUCAUUCUGUGCAAUUCUAGUUUUGAAAUAACAAGAAAAUACGCUUUACACAGCCAUGCGGCGAAGUAAGGCCGAAGUGGAACGGUAUAUUUAUUCAGUACAGAGUUCCUCUCCUUCACUCAAAGAGAAACCAAUUAAAGGAUUUUUAUUUGCUAAAUUAUACUUCGAGGCUAAGGAGUAUGAACUUGCUAAAAGACAUGUUUCGGAAUAUCUGACUGUGGCUGAGAGAGAUCCCAAAGCACACAAGUUCCUGGGCCAGCUUUAUGAGAGGGAAGGCGAUAUCAACAAGGCCGUAGGAUGUUACAAGCGGUCUGUGGACCUGAACCCAGCCCAGGGGGACCUGGUUUUGAAGGUGGCUGAGCUGCUGGUCAGUAAGACAGAGCGAGACAGCAGAGCAGAGUUCUGGGUGGAGAAAGCUGCCAAGUUGCUGCCUGCAAAUCCUGCUGUCUUCAACCUCAAGGAGCGGCUACUGAAUCGACAGGGCCAGCAGGGGCGGAACCAGUUGUUUGACCUGUUGCAGGCAGAGCUGGCUAUGAGACCUGGCGAUGCCCAUAUCAACAUAAAGCUGGUUCAGCUGUUCUCCUCUGAUGGCAGGCUGGAGGAGGCUGUCAAACACUGUCUGGCUACAGAGAAGAGAGGCCUGCUUAGAUCCAGCUUGGACUGGUACUCUACUGUAGUACACACUCUACAGGAUUUCCUAGCCCAGCCCAGUGUUUCAUCCAAUGAGAAGAUGAGUAGACAUCUGCAGAGAGAGCUACUUUUGGCCCACUGCAGCCUGCUGAGACUGACCCUGUCGGGAAAAGGACUGCAGCCUAGCAUCAAGGCCCUUGGGAGUUUUGACUGUGCGAUGCAGGGCCUGAAGAAGACAGCGGGCAGUGUAACAGAUGAUCUGUCUGAGGUCUAUGUGGAGAUGAGGGGACAUCUGUACCUGCAUGCUGGCACUCUGCUGCUGAAGAUGGCUCAGGAAAGAGAACAGCAGUGGAGGGCUGUCAUUGACCUGGCUGCUCUCUGCUAUCUACUGGCUUACCAGGUCCCGGGGCCGAAGAGCAAGGUGACUAAAGGGGACCAGUCUUCUCUUCAGCAUCUGGAGCUGCUGGCCAGUGACAGACAGAGCCAGGCUGGACACAUGCUGCUUAACCUCAAUCCUGACACUCAUACCUUUGUCAGAGAGGUGGUGGAGGCGUUUGGUAACCGUAGUGGUCAGGGCUCUCUGUUUGGGCUUUUGUUUGGGCUUCAGGCUCCGGCCGGUACUUCCUUCAUCGGCAACGACGACAUCCGCUCCAUCAACACACAGGCUCCAGCGAUAUCUGACCUCAUCAAACGGGACAACGGCUCCAUCCAGCUCAAAGGAGGUGACCUCCAGCAGCUGUGUUGGCUGGGUCUCCAGUGGUCUCUCAUGGCCCAGAGGCCUGCUCUGAGGGACUGGCUCAAACAGCUGUUCCCCAGGCUCAUCCUAGAGACCUCCAAACUGGACACAAACACACCUGAGUCCAUCUGCCUGCUAGACCUGGAGGUGUUCCUGUGUGGGGUGGUGUGGUGCAGUCACACCCAGCUCCAGGAGAGGGCCAGGAUCACUUCUACUGGUCAACAGCAACUCCAUGAGCCCCGCUGCCUGCCCCUGCCCCUCCUCCGCCUCCUCUCCACAGACAGACAGAGGGAAUGGUGGGACGCCGUCUACAGCCUCAUACACAAACAAGCUGCGCCUGGCAUGUCAGCCAAACUGAGGAUGACCGUUCAACAUGGACUAAGCACCCUUCGAGCUGGAGAGAAACAUGGCCUUCAACCAGCCCUGCCCAUACACUGGGCCCAGCACCUCAGCUCAACGGGGGUUGGUGUGAACUCCUACUAUGACCAGAAGGAGUACAUAGGGCGUAGUGUCCACUACUGGAAGGUGGUGCUCCCCCUGCUGGACAAGAUCAAGCAAAGACGCAGCAUCCCUGAACCCCUGGACCCCCUCUUCAUACACUUUCCCUCUAGAGACAUACAGAUCCCAUCAGUGAAGGGCUUUGAGGAAGAGGCCAUGAUAGCAUUUGCAACCCUCUUGGAUGUCGAGGGGAGGACAGAGGAGGCUAUUACUACUCUGGAGACCAUCAACAACAUCUCAUCUAACUGGCACCUAGCUAGGAUCUUCCAGCGUCUGUCUGAGGAGGCUGGUAGUGGGGUGGAGGAGACUCGGGACAGGUGUGUCAUGUUCCUCAGGAAGUUCAGAACUUACCUGUCCAAGAUCUACAAUGCCAAUGCUGACGACAUGGACAAGCUGCCCGUCUCAAUGGAAGAGGUGAUGGAUCUCCUGAACGAUGUGAACCAGCAGCUAGGGGAGAUUGGAGAAGCGAUGGAUGAAGAGGGCAGACCGGUCCACUUCAGCCCUCAGUUUACUGAGCCUGCUUCCUCAGUCGCUCACAUCAAAUUCGCCCCUUUAACCCCUUCCCCCAGCAAGAGCUUUGUCCCUUCCUCCAAAAGACACAUGACACCACCUCAUUGGGCGGAGCACCAGAAGUCCCUCCUGCAGAUGCUCUGCCAGCAGGUGGAGGCCCUUAAGAAUGAGGUCCAUGACCUGAGACACAACUCGUCAGACAGCAUGGCGUCACCUCACCAAAGGAUGUAUGGAGAUGGGUAUGGGGCUGAGAGCAUGCAGGAGGGCUACCCCCCAACACAGACCUUCCAUGUAGCACCCCUCACCGUUGCCACCACACAGGCCCCAUCUAUGUAUUUCAAUCAAUCCCCUGCUUAUAACUCCGGACAGCAUCUCCUUCGUCCUGCAGCCAAUGUUACCCCAACAAAGGCUCCUGUGUAUGGAGUCAACCGCCUGCCACCCCAGCAGCACAUGUAUACCUACCAGCAGCCCACUAACACUCCUCCCCUGCAGUCAACACCAGCCUGCGUCUACCCUCCUCAAGACCAGGUCUUCGGCACCCCCCUCCACUUCGAGUCACCAGCAACCAGUCUACUCUCCCCAUACAGCGAGGAAUACUACGGCCACUCUCAGCCAACCACCAACCCUCCCCUCCCAGAGCCUGGCUACUUCACCAAGCCCUCAGUCGUACCUGUCCAACCACCAAAGAGCAUUGAGGGGAAGCCUGUGGACUUUGGGAAGAUCGCCUUUGGCCAGCAGGUCCCUGCUGAGCCUUUUAAGGUGCCUGGCUUUGGUGCUGGAGUAGUAGCCCAGUCCACUCCAUCAUCUGCUGCCUUUAAAUUCAACUCCAACUUCAAAUCCAACGAUGGGGACUUUACCUUCAAAGCCAAAAACAGUGAGAACCUGUUGGGGCUUCUGACAUCAGACAUUCCCACCAAAUCGGAGGGCCCCUCAGAGGUUGAGCCUCCUAGCCAGGGAGGGAUAUUUAGCUUUGGCACUAAAAGCGUGGCAGGCUUCUCCUUCACUGAUGCAGCCCAGAGUCGGGACAAACCAAACCUGUUUGAAAAAAUUGAACAGCCAUUUAGUUUCACUGAUCAGACCAAGCCGGUAUUUGGGCUGGAAAACACAGCGGUGGAGAAAGGACCGGAGAGCGAUAACGACAGCACACAUGUGGAGGAGGAUGAGGAUGGGCCUCACUUUGAGCCCAUUGUGCCCCUCCCUGACAAAGUAGAUGUGAAGACUGGAGAGGAGGAAGAAGAGGAGAUGUUCUGUAACAGGUCCAAGCUAUUCAGAUUUGACGCAGAGACAAAGGAGUGGAAAGAGAGGGGGAUCGGCAUAGUCAAAAUCCUAAAGCACAAUACAUCAGGGAAAGUGCGUCUGCUGAUGAGGAGGGAGCAGGUUCUGAAGAUCUGUGCUAACCACUACAUCACGCCAGAUAUGCUCCUGAAACCAAUUGCUGGCUCUGACAAGUCCUGGGUUUGGAAUGCCAUUGAUUAUGCAGAUGAGGAACCAAGGCCUGAGCAACUGGCCAUCCGGUAUAAAACGGCAGACGAGGCAUUGCUCUUCAAAACAAAGUUUGAAGAGGCUCAGAAGAUAGUUCCCAAAUCUCCAGAAAAGCAGCAAGAACCGCCAGAUAGGAAAGCAACUUCUCCUAAUUCAUCUGCUCCUCAGGUGACAAACUUUGCUGCCCAGUUUGCAAAGAAGGACGGGGAAUGGCACUGCAAUGUGUGUUAUGUAAGAAAUGCUGCUACAAUUAUGCAGUGUGUUGCAUGUCAGACUGCCAACCCUAAUUCCCUGUCAGAGACAGACAGCAAACUGGUUACUGAAACCAAAGGCUUUACUAGUGGGGCAGCUUCAGUGAGAGGAUUUACUUUUGGAUUUGGAGCUGACUUGUCAAAAGACACCAGCAGUGCAGGAUCUAUUGGAAAGGGAUUUGGGGCUUUUGGAGCUCAGAUACCCUCCUCCUUUACGUUUGGAACCAGUGGCACCACUUCUAUACCUGUUGCUGGUUUUGGAGCCCAGUUUGGUAAGAAUAAAGAAACAACAGCAGAAGUAGCAGCAGAAUCAAAGCCCUCAACCAUGCCAUUUGGCUCUGGAUUUGGUGCCCAGUUUGGCAAAAAGCCCGGGCAGUGGGACUGUGACGUGUGUGCUGUAAGAAACCAGGCCUCCUCAAACAGUUGUGUUUCUUGUCAAACUCCAAACCAUGCAGCCAAAAUGGUUGUAGAUGGAGGAGCCGCAUCAAAGCCCUUAACCAAUCCAUUAGGUUCUGGAUUUGGUGCCCAGUUUAGCAAAAAGCCAGGGCAGUGGGACUGUGACGUGUGUGCUGUAAGAAACCAGGCCUCCUCAAACAGUUGUGUUUCUUGUCAAACUGCGAACCAUGCAGCCAAAAUGGUUGUAGAUGGAGGAGCCGCAUCAAAGCCCUUAACCAAUCCAUUAGGUUCUGGAUUUGGUGCCCAGUUUAGCAAAAAGCCAGGGCAGUGGGACUGUGACGUGUGUGCUGUAAGAAACCAGGCCUCCUCAAACAGUUGUGUUUCUUGUCAAACUGCGAACCAUGCAGCCAAAACUGUUGUAGAUAGAGCAGCCGCAUCAAAGCCCUUAACCAAUCCAUUAGGUUCUGGAUUUGGUGCCCAGUUUAGCAAAAAGCCAGGGCAGUGGGACUGUGAUGUAUGUGCUGUAAGAAACCAGGCCUCCUCAAACAGUUGUGUUUCUUGUCAAACUCCAAAUCCCUCAGCAAAAUCAACAGUUGAGGUAGCACCACCACCAAAGCCAACCGUGUCGGGAUUUGGUGAUCUUUUUGCUAAGAGGGACAGACAAUGGGACUGUGACACCUGUCUAGUGAGGAAUGAUGCAUCAGUUUCUAAGUGUGUUUCCUGCCAGACACCCAAUGCUAGCAGCACCUCCUCUCUUGGGGCCAUGUCUGCCAAACAGGGGGGACAGUGGGACUGUGACACAUGUCUAGUCAGAAACGACAGCUCUGCUAGUCAAUGUGUCUCCUGUCAGACACCCAACACUAAGAGCACAGCCACCCCCCCCAGCUCAUCCUUCAGCUUUAGCUUUGGGAGUCAAAGUACAUCUACUCAGCCUGUAGGCAAUGUGUUUAAAGCAAACUUCAACAGUGACAGCUCUUUUCAGUUUGGCACAAGCAAAGUUGAUACAGGUGCCCCUGCCUCCUUCAAGUUUGAGACCCCUCAGGCUGAAAGCAGUGGCUCCAGUGCUGCAGGCUUCUCUUUCAAUAUGCCCGUCCCAGCAGGUGGCUUUAAGUUUGGCACUCAAGAAACGGCAAAGGAAACCCCACCAGAUGAAACUCAGACUCCUGCUUCAGGGUCUGCGUCCAUGUUCCUGAAGAAUAUCGCAGAGCAGCACAGAGAAAAAGAGAAGGAAUCUGGCGUUGGUAUACCUGCAUCAGUGCCUUCAGUGGACAACACCGAUGAGAAUGGAAAACCUAAUGACUUCAGUUUUGCAGAUUUGGCUAAGAACUCACAAGGAGACUUCAAGUUUGGACAGACAGAUUCCAAUUGCAAAGACUUCACCCACGGUGGCGAGCAGCUGUUCACAUCCCUUCAGUCAAACCAGUGGGCAGACACUUCCGCUGACCAGGAUGAAGAGGAUAUAUACAAAACAGAAGAGAAUGACGAUAUCCAGUUUGAACCUGUGGUCCAGAUGCCUGAUAAAGUGGACCUGGUCACAGGAGAGGAGGAUGAACAGGCCCUUUACUCACAGAGAGUAAAGCUCUUCAGGUUUGACGGAGACAUCAGCCAGUGGAAGGAGAGGGGUGUUGGAGUCCUCAAGUUCCUGAAGAAUGCCACCAACGGCAGGCUGAGGGUACUGAUGAGGAGAGAGCAGGUCCUGAAGGUGUGUGCCAACCACUGGAUCACCACCACCAUGAACUUGAAGCCCUUGGCUGGUUCCGACAAAGCUUGGAUAUGGCUUGCUAAUGACUUCUCAGAAGGAGAUGCCAAACUGGAGCAACUCGCUGCCAAGUUUAAAACCCCUGAGCUGGCUGAGGAGUUCAAGCUUAAGUUUGAGGAGUGUCAGAGGCUCCUGUUGGACAUCCCACUGCAGACUCCUCACAAGCUUGUUGACACAGGCAGAACUGCACAUCUCAUCCAGAAGGCAGAGGAGAUGAAGUCUGGUCUGAAAGACCUUAAAUCCUUCCUGACUGAUGACAAAACAAAGAUCAAGGAGGACGACAGCCAAGCUAACAUCACAACAGCCAGUAACACCUCAGGUCUGAUCAUCAAGCCCCACGUGGAGAACACUGGGCCUACCUUAGAAUGGGACAACUAUGACCUGAGAGAGGAGGCUCUGGACGACAGUGCUGACACCUCUGUCUACACCUCACCCCUGGCAAGCAGCCCUAUCAGGAAGAACCUCUUCUGCUUUGGAGAAUCCACAGCUGGCUUUAACUUCAGCUUCCAGCCUGUCAUCAGUCCUACCAAGUCACCGGCCAAGCUGAACCAGAGCGGGGUGUCUGUGGACGAGGAGCAAGACAUGACCCAGGAGGAAGAGAGGGAUGGCCUGUACUUUGAGCCUGUGGUUCCUCUGCCAGACCUGGUGGAGAUCUCCACUGGAGAGGAGAAUGAAAACGUAUGUUUCAGCCACAGAGCAAAGCUGUACCGCUAUGACAAAGACCUGAACCAGUGGAAGGAGAGGGGCAUCGGCGACCUUAAGAUACUGCAGAACUACGACACCAAACGAGUCAGACUCCUCAUGAGGCGGGACCAAGUCCUGAAGAUCUGCGCCAACCACUGGGUCACGUCUUCUAUGAAGUUGGAGCCCAUGAAGGGUGCUGAGAAGGCCUGGGUCUGGAGUGCCAUUGACUUUGCUGAGGUAGCUGAGGGAAAUGUGGAGCAGUUAGCAGUGCGGUUUAAACUGCAGGAUGUGGCCAACUCUUUCAGAGACAUCUUUGACGAGGCUAAAACCGCCCAAGAGAAUGAGAUUCUGGUCACUCCCAUAGCCUCAUGUGAGACCCUUCCUCAGGAGGUAGCAACAGCUCCAGGGAUGACAGUGUGUGGACAGGCUGCUGUGGCCAUCCUAGAGGAGACCACCAGAGAACGGACAGAGCUUUCUUCUGAGACUUUCCACACCCCUGACAGCAAGGCCUCCACUUCCACACCACACAGCCCUCUCAACCCCUCUAAGAUGGUGAUGUCUCCUCCCAAGUUCCUCUUCGGAACCGACUCUCUCCAGAAGAUCUUUGGCAGCAGCCUCCUGUUGUCCAAGGAGGAUGGUUCUUCAGAAAGCUCCAAGGCUAAAGACAGCGGUUGGACCUCCCAGUCCUCACCUGCAUUCAAAGUCCCAGAAAAGGCACCCCCCCAGGCAAAGGCUGAUGAUGACAGUGAGGUGGAGGUGGUGUACGAGAGGCAGCCGACUGCGGAGCAGGCUGCUUUGGCCAGGGAACUCUUGCUGCCUCUCACCUUCUUCUGCUACCAGAACGAACCAGGAAACACUAGUGACGACCAGACGGACGAUGAGGACUUUGAGACUGCAGUUAAAGCGCUGAAUGGAAAACUGUACCCGGAUCCUCCUGAGAGAAAGGCUGCAAAUUCUGCAGCUCAGGCCGAGAUAGGUGCUGAGGGUCUGUACCCGGAGGUUGAGGUGGUGUUGGAGAAGAGGUCUACUCCAGAUGAGGAGCAGAAAGGCAAGCCGCUGCAGCUGCCUCCAACAUUUUCUGAUGUAGUCGGCAAGGCAGAGAAAGACAAGCCAGAGGACUUCAAGACAGAGGAUGCAGAGAAAAGCGCACACCCUGUUUCAUCUGAGGCUGUGUCCUCCAGCACCGGAGAUACAGUGCCAGAACAACAGUUCCCAGACCAGUCCCCCAGCAGCCAGGUACAGGUUCCAGAUCUGUCUGAGGCAGAGGUUCAGUCCUCUGCAGCAGAGGUGGAGUUUCCAGCUCAGUCAGUAACCAUCCAGGAGGCAGAGGUCCAGCAGACUCCAGAUCAGUCAGACUCCACUCCAACAUGGUCUCAGACUGCGGUCUCCAGCAGCGGGGAGCAGGCUCAAACUUCAAACCCUUCAGCAAAACCUGUUGCUCGUGCCCCAGCUUUGGUUACUGCCUCAUUUGGAUUUGGUGCACAGUUUGUCAAAAAGCCGGGGCAGUGGGAGUGUGACGCAUGUCUUGUUAGAAAUGAAGAGUCUGCAAGCAGUUGUGUUUCUUGUCAAACUCCAAAUCCUGCAGCCAGCAGUGGUAAGCAGGCUCCAGAUCAGUCAGACUCUAAUCCUGCAGCUACCAGCAGCAGCCCUAUAGACCUGUCUACCAAGAAGACCUCGGAGCCGGACUCCACAUCGACAUUUACGACAACCAUUACUCAGGAUGCUCCAAACUCAUUUGGCUCCUUGGGCUUCAGUGAUCUGGGAGGGGAAGGGAUCUCCUUCGCUGCUCUGGCACAGAACACCGGGGGUGAAUUCGCCUUCGGAAAACAAGAUUCUAACUUCUCGUGGGCGAAUGCCGGGGCUACGUUGUUUGGCGCUGCAGCCCCACCCAAAGCUGAAGGAGGGGAGGAGAGCAGUCAUGAAGAGGACGCUAAUAAUGUGGAAAUUCACUUUGAUCCCAUAGUCACCCUACCAGAGGUGGAGACUAAGUCAGGGGAGGAGGAUGAGGAGAUCCUGUUUAAGGAGCGUACCAAGCUGUACCGCUGGGAGAGAGACCUGGGCCAGUGGAAGGAGAGGGGUGUGGGAGACAUCAAGAUCCUCUUCCACCCCGAUAAGAGGUUCUACCGGGUGCUGAUGAGGAGGGAGCAGGUGCUGAAGGUGUGUGCCAAUCACACCAUCUGCCAGAGCAUGGAGCUCAAACCCAUGAACACCUCCAACCAAGCCCUCGUCUGGACCGCUACCGACUUUGCAGAGGGUGAGGGUAAGGUGGAGCAGUUGGCAGCCAAGUUCAAGACAGCAGAGCUGGCUGAGUGUUUCAGGAAGACCUUCUGUGAGUGUCAGAGCCGUAUGAGCCCAUCAGAGGCCUCGGCCCUCUCCCCCCAGAUGUCCAGGGUCCAGGAACAUUCCAGAGACGCCAACCCCCAGGUGUACCUCUCCAUCUCCGCUGACGACGAGCCGCUGGGAAUGGUCACCAUAGAACUGUUCUCUCACAUUGUCCCCAAGACGGCUGAGAACUUCAGAGCGCUGUGUACAGGACAGAAAGGCUUCGGGCUGCGCAACUCUGUCUUCCACAGGAUCGUACCGGACUUCAUGUGUCAGGGUGGCGACCUCACCAACCAGGACGGGACAGGAGGGAAGUCCAUCUACGGGAACAAGUUUGAGGACGAAAACUUUGAUGUGCGCCACACGGGUCCGGGGCUGCUGUCCAUGGCCAACCAUGGCCGAGACACCAACAACUCCCAGUUCUUCAUCACAUUGAAGAAGGCUGAGCACCUGGACUUUAAACACGUGGCCUUUGGCUUCGUCAGAGAGGGCAUGGAUGUGGUCCGCAGAAUGGGAGAGCUGGGCACCAAAACGGGCAAACCCAGCAAGAAGAUUGUCAUCACCGAAUGUGGACAACUGUAGAGCUUGAGCUAUGGUCACUGACUGGACAACUCCACUGUAGGGCUGAACAUGUAGUCACUGACUGGAUGGCAAUGGGCCUUCACUCUGGUCAUGGACUGGGGAGUUAUAGCAUUUCAAACUGAGCACAAUUAUAGUAGGCAGAUAUCAAAUGAUACCCAUAUAGUGCACUCCACUUGGGGCUCAGCUUAAAAAGAGUGCACUGGUAGCCCACUGAGGAGAAUAGGCUUUAAUUUAAGACCGGCCCAGUGUCUCCUUCUGAUGAGUGUUGCACUUUUCUCCCUGCCGCAUCCUGAGGGCUGCAUGUCCCAGUGUGAAUCCCCAGACUCUUUGUGUGUGUAUAAUGUACAUGGACUACAUUUUCUUUUUUUUUGUGCAUGUGUUCCAAUAAGAGUUGACAGCGCUGGUUCCUUCAUGAGCUCCCUAACCCAAUUUGUUUUGUGUAAUUGUCUUAAGAUUAUCGCAAACUUUUUUUUAAACCAACCGAUGUUCGUUUUGUACUGUGUUCCUCUUGCUGCCUGUGUAUACUUUUUUUAGGUGUUUUUUUUUGGUUGUGUGUAGGCUAUACAUUGAUUUCAUCAUGUGCAAAUUGAGACUCUACACCUGUCUUAAACUAAACGGUAGGAAUAUGAAGUCUGACAAUUUGGGAGAGGUGACAUACUAAAUAUAUUUUAUGGUCGGGUCACAAUUGGGGUUAACAAUUCUUAUUGUCAAAUAAAUACAAGAUGCUGGAGACUGUCUUUAAAAAUAAAGUUGCUUUAUAACUGAA